AUGUGCGAUUAUUUCCCGAUAAGAAUCCAUAAAACGGUUGAAUUAAAGCCAACAUUCAAACAAAUUACUGUAAAACGAUAUCGCUACCCACGCAUCCUUCGUUUUUUGCCGAGCACUCUUUUAAAGUGGUUUGAAAGGACCCACCUUGUUGCAAAGAAUCCUGAAAUAAAGGUCUCCAAACAACGAUCGGGUCCAAGGUAUAUUUUUGGCUAUCAUCCCCAUGGUAUCAUUGCAUUUGGUAUUUGCGGUGCUUUCAUGGGUGAUGGCUUAGGAACCACUACAAUCUUCCCAGGUAUCGAAUGUUUUUUGCUGACACUUGCCAGUCAAUUUAUGUUACCUUUCUACAGAAACUACCUAACUGCUUCCGGUGUUGGAUUGGUUACAAAGCAGGGUAUACAGGCUUUAUUGGACCGUGAUAGAAGUGUUGCAAUUGUAAUCGGUGGUGCCUCGGAAAGCUUGUUAUCGCAUCCAGGAUCGAACUCACUAAUAUUGAAUCGAAGAAAGGGGUUCAUUCGUUUAGCGCUCGAGAUGACUGGUACUGGUACGUACUGCAAAGCCCAUCCAACAGACACAGAUAUAUGCUUAGUUCCUGUCUAUGGUUUUGGUGAAACAGAUGUCUAUAAUUCGUAUGAUCCUAAGAAUCAUAUUGAAAAGGGUCUUCAUUAUAAUUUGUUUAUUUCUUAUUUAUCCCGAGCACUUCAUGCUCUUCAGGAAAAAAUUAAGAGUGGAUUUGGUUUUACUCUCCCAUUUUUUUGGUCAAGAGGGAUUUUUAAUUAUGAUUUUGGAUUACUUCCGAAUCGCAGUCCUAUCAAUGUCGUUGUCGGAAAGCCAAUAUGUGUGAAAAGAUUAUUUGGAAAUGUUCCCGGUGAUCCUGUAACUGACCAGGAAGUCGACCAUUAUCACAAAAUUUAUGUUAGAUCCUUACUUAGCCUUUUCCAAAAAAAUGAAGCAAAGUAUCUACAAUCAAAGCACUGUAACAUUGAAGUUGUUGGAUGA